AUGUCGUUGUGGUUCCCCCAACAAGGGCUGCGUGGUCUAAGGGACUCACAUCGAAGAAGAAACAACUGCACAGACAUGCACUUUCUGAGGUCCGCGUGGAUUUCGCUUUGCAUAAUCCUUGGGGAAAUUCCUCUCACCACGCUUCUCAACCUCACCCUCUCAGUGUACGCUGUGCGCCGACACUGUGGGGUUGGUGACGUCCACUUGAACAUCAUCGUGUGCUUGACGACGCUGUGCGUGACCCUGGUGUUCAAUUUUGCGAGCGAGUCGAUGGUCAAGUCGAUGCUGGAGGCAGAAGCUGCGCGCGGUGUGGAGGUGGCUGCGGACGGGCUACUCUCAAGAGUGUGCGACGCGGUGGUGCACCUCGGCGAGGACCUGAGCAUCACGCAGCCGUCUCCGAAGCUCGCGGCGCUCCUCCUGCGCUCGACCCAGACGGGCAUGCAGGGCGUGGCCUUACCAGACCUCUCCACUAGCCAGGAGCAGAGGGACCGCCUGCGGAGCUUUCUGCGCCGCCCCACUGAGGGUGCUGACAGCUUGAACACGUCGUUCAAGGGCCCCAACGCCACCACCGUGAACGUCCGACUCUAUCACAUCAGAGGCCGCCACCUGGACAGCAAGAUCUUCCACGUCGUGGGCGUGAGCGAGGCUUCCGAGACUGAGGUGGUGGCGGCGUCAUCGGGCGGCUCCAGGAGCCCGUCUGGCCUUGGCAGCCAGAGCGUCUGUCCUCUGCGAGCGUUGGCGCUGUCCGUGUCGGCGCGGCCGCCGGCCCGCGCGUGCGCCGUUCAGCUCAAGGAGGUCACCACCGUAUACUUCCAUCCGAUGGAGUCCGGCUACCCCAUCGUGGCGUCCGCGCGCAGUGGGCUGCCUGCUCCCGGCGACAGCCUGCUGAGCUGGAUGCCCGGGAGCGCGGACGAGUUCAUCGAGAUGGUGCAACAGGUGGUGUCGGAAUGGCACAUCGUCGCGCUACGCACCCGCGCCGGUUCGCGAGGCUCUUGCUGA